GGAAAAGGCGCCAUUCUCUUGGUGAACUGUGACCGAGACAAUCCCACAGCUGAAGAGGAAGACAACAAGGACACCAAGCUGACUUCCAUUCAAGACCUUGAGGAUAUGUCCCGUAUGAUCCUGACAACUCAGGGACCUGAUGAAGUUUUUGCAAACUACCAGCUGACUCUCCACAUCUCAAAAGCUGAUGAUGACAAAGUGGGGGUCUUCUACAGUCAAAGAAAGGAGCAGAUAUAUUACAAACACAUUCUAGGAUCCGGAAAGAUCUCCUACCAUGUGGAACGGAACCUUGGUCAAGUGCAGACCGUUUUCUACGUUGAAGGGCUGAAAUUUCCAGACAUCAACUUCUCAGGGCUUGUCACUUUUCACACUUCACUCCUGGAGCCCGCCAGAAAGGGGGUCCCAGAAACUUCCCUUUUCACAGAUUCUUUGGUCUUCCGGGUUGCUCCAUGGAUUAUGACCCCAAACACCUUGCAGCCAGUUUCUGUUUACGUCUGCAGUGUCGAUGACAAUAAGGAUUUCGUGGAACAUAUAAGGAAGCUUGCCACAAAAGCUGGAUGCAAUUUGAUUAUCUGUCCAGAAGAGGAAAAUCGCAAAGAUAGAUGGAUCCAGGAUGAGAUGGAGUUUGGGUACACCCAGGCUCCCCACAAAACGUUCCCGGUUGUCUUUGACUCCCCCAGGAACAGAGGGCUAAACGAUUUCCCCUUUAAGAAGAUUUUGGGUCCAGAUUUUGGGUAUGUAAAACGGGAACGAUCCUCCAAAAAGUCUGCUACUACCUUGGACUCAUUUGGGAAUCUUGAAGUCAGCCCUCCAGUGACUGCCAAAAGCAAGGAAUAUCCCCUUGGGCGUAUCCUAAUAGGAGCCUCUUUUCCUAGGAACAACAGCCCAAUGUCCCAACUGGUCAAGGACUUCCUCAAAAGCCAAGUUGUACAAUCUCCCAUUGAACUCUACACGGAUUGGCUCUUUGUGGGACACGUAGAUGAAAUCCUGAGCUUUGUACCUGCCCCAGACCAGAAGGGUUUCCGCCUGCUGCUGGCCAGCCCGAGAGCCUGCUUCAAACUGCUGAAAGAGAAGGAAAAGGAAGGCUACGGGAAAGCCAAAAUGCCCGAAGGAAUUGAAUUUCAGGAAGACGGUCGGCAGCCCCGUUCCAUAUCAGAAAUCAUUGCCGACGGAUUCUUAAAGAAGUGGAAUGAAUACUGCCAAAAGUGUAUUGAUUGGAACAGAAACAUCCUUAAAGAGGAGUUGGGCCUGGCAGAGGAGGACAUUAUUGAGAUACCUCAACUUUUUCAUCCUUUUCUCGAGCUCCCUCGGUCUUUUGUUCCUCAAGUGAUUACGGCUUCCGCUGAAGCUUAUUUCCCAGACAUGGUAAACAUGAUUGUUCUGGGGAAACAUCUGGGCAUCCCAAAGCCGUUUGGACCCAUCAUCGAUGGCCAAUGCUGUUUGGAGAAAGAGGUCCGCCGACUCCUGGAGCCCUUAGGGUUGUCCUGCAAUUUCAUUGAUGACUAUGGAACUUACUACCUCAAGUUCGGCGAUGUUCAUUGUGGCACAAAUGUCCGCCGGAAGCCCUUUUCCUUCAAGUGGUGGAACAUGAGGCCUUGAGGGCCUCAUCACGCCUUCUGUUUUCCACCCAGUGAGGAUGAUGAGACAGACCUUGUGCGUCUUCUCCCGCAUUUCCACAGGAAAUCCAGUAACUUUUCUAAGAAUUCCUGGGUGAUUCCUCUUUUGGUUGUUCUAUGAAGGUGCUUACGAGCUUCUCUUGUGAUUUAGACUUUCUCCAGUCUUUUCUCAUCUGUAAAUGUAUCAGGUCUGCCAAAAUGUUGUUAGUUGUAUUCCCCAAUCCCCCAAAAGAAUAGAGGGCAGCUAAGUUCAGGCAGGAUGAUCUAAUCCAGCGGUAUCAAAACUUGCGGCUUUUGGGGCGGAAGCGUCACACGCUGGCCAUGCCCAACCCCGGUUUAGCGAAGGGGAAAAAGUCGUGAUACGUCACGUGACGCCAUGAGUUUGACACCCCUGCUCUAAUCCUUCUCCUUAUCCACACACAACAAUUCUAAAACUAGUUAUAGAGGUUCAACAAAACAUUUCAUAGUCCUAGAAGGUUCAUGGUCCUUCAAAGAAUGCUAUUUCUGUCUCCUCAACAAAGCUCAGGUUUAGCCACCUAAAUAAGCCAAGUCAGAUUGUCCGAAAUCAAGAAAUCCCCAAAACACACUCUAAAAAUAGACAUCCAACAGAUGUAGAACAUUUUCCAAAAAACAAGUUGGUUCAAAAUCUUGCGAACCUGGGAUGACAGAGUUGAAGAAAAAUAAUAUUUGACAUGAAAGUACUUAGUGGCUGGUCCCAGAUGUGUUGUGAAGGCCGGCAGCCCUUCCAAGUAUAUCGAUCAAAAUAGUGAUUAUGAGUAAUUAAUCCAUAUUUUAGUUUCAUGUUAAUUUCUAUAUCAUUUCAAACCACUUGAUUUGCAAAGAGACAUUAUGAGGGUGCAAUGAUUGUGAAGUCCACAUUUCUUCAAUUUUUAAAUGGAAUGCACACCGUUGAAUUAUUAUAUAUUAACAAAAAUAGUUGCAGAGGCUUUUCUCACGAAUCUACAAAUUGUUUGAAUA